CUUUACCCCAGCUUUGUGAACCUAUGCUUUUAUUUUUUUAAUAAGCUUAUUCGUGCUCUCAAUCUCUCAUCUUGCAAACAGUAAAAAAGGAGUAACAAUCUUGUGUUCACAACAGUUUCUGCUGACUUCGAUUUUGACACCACCUGUGAAAGAAAUUGUGCAAGAACCCAUCACCCCCACCAGUCCACCACUGACCCUCUUCAUUCUUCAACCAAAUUUUGAUCCAUGCAGGACACAGUACUGUUUGUGUGAUUAAUACAAUCUCAUCUCACAGGUACAUAAAUCUGGUUUUAGUCUACUUUGGUAAUUGUGUAGAAUAUGGGAGGAGUACACUAUACUAUACAGUGUACAAUACCCAGUGCAUGACACAGCACAAUUGCACAAAUGCUCCACCAAGAAGCUGGAGCUGUACAGUGGACUGUGCAGUGAGGUGAGCACAAGACAAACACUGAAAUUGUUGAAUUUAUGAUCCAAAUUCUGCAUAUGGAGAACCUGUCGCCGGGAGACUUGACCCUAAUUAGGGUUUGCGGGUCGUCGUCAUUAUUUAUUCCUCUUAUAAGCCGUCCUUUCUAUAAACACUCCAUAUAUAGUGAAUUUUUUGUCUGGAUGGUGUCCAUGGUUUUUCCCUUUGCAUUGAAGGGUUUUCUAUGUAAAUCUGUGUGUUAUAUUCUAUGAUUUGUUGGUUGAUCUAUUUCGUUUUUUCUGCCUAUUCUGUCAACAUAAUCAUUCAUCCAGACCUCUCUAAGCCAACCUCCAAGACAAGGGGGGCCUGCCUACCACCCCCAGUCCCACCCCAAUUCUGUUUUCUUGGAUCCCUCCCUGCGCUGCCCUGCCACACUGCCGCUGUCGCUGCCAUCGCUUACCCAUACAUAUUAACCCCUGACGUUGAUCCCCAAUAUUAUCCGUCUUCUCCCCCAAUUCGCCCGGCCCGUCAUCGGAGCAAGCACCAAGCAAUGUGCCCCAGAGCCACGGCUCAGCACUGCGCCGCCGCAAUGGCUAGUGUGUGUUCGUUCGUGGAGGAGGAGUACAUCGACCUGGAUCUCAGCUCGUGCAGAGACUUCGAGUUCCGGGUGCGCCGGAGCGGAGCGGCGGACGAGCUUCUCUGCCGGGGCAGUCUGCAGCGGCCACCGCCAGCUGCCCCGCACAAGGCCGCGCCGCCGAGGCCUGGCGGCAAGGCGCAGGAGGUUGACGUCGGUGGCUGUGGUGGCGCCGCCGCCGGCAGGAGGAGCGCGGCGACGGUCACCCCGCUGCAGCACUCGCACUCCGCUGGCUGCCGCGAGGACACGCAGACGGUGGUGAGGCUACGCGCCGAGGGCUCCCGCCGCAGGAAGGCGGCGCGGACGGUGCACGCGAAGCUGCUGGCUUCCCGUGCUUUCUUCCGGUCUCUGUUCGCCAGGACCUCGUGCACCGACGACCAAUGCCGCGGCGCCCAGGUCCGGGCCAGCCCCAGAGCGGCUGUGGCACCACCCGGCGAGACGAAGAGCGUCUGCAAUGCGGCAUUUGGUCAUAUCAAGAACGGCUACGGCUACCACAGCGGCAGCGGCAGGGCGGCGCUGAGCACCCUGCGGAGCAGCAUCGAACAGGAGAAGCUGAUGGACGAGGAGGACGUCGCUGUGCCCGCCGCCGCCCGCCAGCGCAAGUCCUUCUCCGGCGUGAUCAAAUGGCGGCACCCGGCGACGAAGGCGAAGCCGCUGUCGUCGUCCACGGCGAGGAAGAGCUCCGUGGUUGGUGGUGGCGGCGGCGGCGGGCCGGCGCUGAAGCGGAGCAGCAGCGCGCUGUCGGAGUCGGAGGGGCUGAUCCAGGGCGCUAUCGCCUACUGCAAGCGGUCGCAGCAUCAGCUCGGGCUCGCCAGGAAGAGCGUCAGCGACGCCGCCCUCUGCUCCGCCUCCGCGCCUUCGUGGCCUAGCAAUCCGGCUCGAUCAGCUGGAGUAGCUUACUGCCACUAGCCGUGAGCCAGUGACUUGUGGGAAAACGGAUUUAAAAAAAUGACCACAUCAAUAAUGUCAAGUUUCUCA